AUGUAUGUUACCGACAUUUUCGUACCAGAAGAGUGUCAUACUCUACUCGGUACUAUGGGCUUCUUGAUUGCUGUCAUGCAACAAAUUCGUUUCGGUCUCGGAUUACCACCCAACUCGAAGUUACUCUCACCAAUCAUCCAAGCUACGACUGCAAGUGUGAUAUCAUAUACAAUCUGCCACCUUGCCAUCAAACUUUCCAUCGCUUUCCAAUGCUUUCGUAUCUUUAUCACGCCGAAGGCCCGAUGCCUCUUUAUUGGCCUCAUUGUGUACUUUGCAAUAUAUGGGACUCUUUGUCUCAUGUUGACCGUCUUCACCUGCUACCCUGUGGCCAAAUACUGGGAUGAAUCGAUACCAGGAAAAUGUCUCGAUAAUAGAGCUUUGCGGUACGCAUUUGCUGGAAUCAACAUCGUCAACGACCUCGCGAUUCUGGUGGCUCCCAUGCCAUUUCUUCGGAACUUACACAUCGCAAGAAGGAUCAAGCUAAUUUUGAUGGGUGUUUUCGCAGCUGGAGCAGUUGCUUGCAUUAUUGCCAUAAUUAGACUUCACUCCCUCUGGUCUUACAGUUCAGUCUCUAUAUCUCAGCGGCCAGCCAAAGGUGUCGACAUCGCUAUGUGGUCUGGCCUCGAAUGUAACAUUGCAAUCAUGUGUGCUUGUGUACCGUCUCUCAAGCCUUUAUUCUCGAGAACUUUCCCAAAUUUUCCAUUAUCACUACCAUCUUCAAAGUCACAGUCUGCGGGCAGUCCACAUUCUCCAGGCAGUUUACACAUUUACGACAACGCUCCAAAGCCACAGCCUUCCCCUCAAGGCACAGACUUGGAGAUUACUGUCCAACAAUCCUUCGAGAUAAGAACCACUAUAGCUGCUGACGAUAGUACAAGCGAGAAAAACUUAGUUACAGUUAGAGAAUGGCAAAUCGGUGCUAUAGAGACAUCUACAUGCUCUUUCGAAGUUGAGCUACCACCAGGAGUCUCCAGCUUGACUAUUCAUGUCGAACGGCCACUAGCUCGACCUAUCAAUAGUAGCCCGGCCCCUGAAAGUGCGUCUAUUCAAAAGGCCAAAAGGGUGUCUAUUACUAAGGGUCAAAAGGCGUCUGUUGUACAGGCUCAAGCAGCCAGUACAAGUAAGCCAUCUUUUACAGACUCUGAAAACAUCAAGUGGCUGCGUGACCCAGAAUCUCCACCAGAGACCUGCAAGUCACCCAUUCCAGUCGGACCGUCAACAUCUUUACAAGAAUACAAUGAGCAUAUUGGCCAAGAACCUGUUACUAUGGAUGAAGGAGCUACAGGUACCCAGGAACUCGAAGCAGAUAUUGAUGCAUAUUUUUGCAGGCCUGUUAUCGAUGAUGAGUCACCACGAAAGAUCUUGGACUUGCCUAUCCGAGUCAGACUGCCACCACCUCGAUCUGUCGAAGACGGUUUGGUCUCCCAAGCGAUGGCUGGACUUCAGACCCCCUCCCGCCCGGUCUCGUUUCCCGGAAUUAACUCUAGCCAGCCGCAUAGCGAGACACCUGAACCGGCUUCUCCAAGUGACUCACCUGACUCCUACUCAUCAAUUGACACGUGUGAGUCCACCUCAUCAAGCGACUCCUAUCACUCAAGCGAGGAAUCAGAGAACGAAAAUGACAGCAGCAACCUGUCUAGCGAGGAUCCAGGCGCAAGUUCCUCAGUCAACGUCGAGCCUCAAGAGGCGUCGGUUUAUUUGGACGCCCGACUAGCCGAUUUGAACGCUGAAGUUGCCAGGUACAAGAUGGCGCCUAAGUGUGUGGACACAGAGAAGCAUCUUCUACGUGAGAGCGAAAUGCUAUUUGAAGACAUUUGUGAUACCUGGCUGAGAUUAAAAAGGUCUCGCGACUCAAACUAG